AUGACAGCUUCAUCAUUCAGUCCUACUACUACUACAUUAAAAGAAUUUGAUAGUAAUAACAAUAAUAAUAUAUCUUUUAAUUCAAAAACAACAACAAAUUCAAUAACAAGUAAAAUAAUACCGACAAAAUCAUCUUCUACUAAAUCAACAUCAAGUGAUAAUACUACCACUAUUUCAAAUAUAAAUUCAUCUAAUCUACAACAAAAUAAUCAUCAUAAAUCAAACUCAAAACAAUCUAAUCCUCAUCAUUAUCUUGAACAAUUUGAAUCUGGUCCAUCAUUAGUUGAUAUUUUUUAUUCAGCAAAAAAAUUAUUAAAUUUACAACCAAGAGUUGAAAAUAGACAAUUAAGAAAAAUUAAUAGUAAAACUCAAUUAAAUCAUAUAUCAUUAUUAAAUUCUAAAAUGAAUAAUAAUUCAAAUUCAUUUGAUGAUGAUUUACAACAACAAGAUUCUUCAUUGCAUCAACAAAUUAUAAAACAAGAUUUUAUAAAUGAUAUUAAUGAUACAAAUAAUAAUAAUAAUAAUGUAUUAGAUUUGUUAUCACCUUUAUCAAUAGAUGAUUUACAAAAUUCAACUAUAAAACCUUAUCAACUAAGCCCAAAGAAUAAAUUUAAAGACAAUAACAACAACAACAACAACAACAACAACAAUAAUAAAUCACAAUCAUUAGAUACUCAAGCAAAUAAUUUUAAAGCUAUAACACCAAAUUCAGAAACUUCACCAUCAUCAAGACAUAAUUCAAGACAAAAUAGUAAUACAUCUUCAUCAACUGCUACUUCAAGUAUUUCAGAAACAGAAACUUUAAAACCAAAAUCAAAUUUAACAAGUUCUUUAAAAAAAUUAAAAACAGAAGAAUCAAAAAUAAAUUAUCCAUCAAAAGUUUCAAAUGCUUCUACACGGACUCCAGAAAUAGCUACGACAUCAUCUACCACUACAACCACCUCCCCAGCAACAACAACUGAAUCCUCAAAUCAAACAGAAUGUUUUAAUUGUAAAACUCAUAAAACACCAUUAUGGAGAAAAGAUGCAGAUGGAAAUACUUUAUGUAAUGCAUGUGGAUUAUUUUUUAAAUUACAUGGAACAACAAGACCAUUAUCUUUAAAAACUGAUGUUAUAAAAAAGAGAAAUUCAAGAAAAUCAUCAUUACCAACUUCAUCAUCUUUAAAUUCAAGAUCUUUUUGUACUAUUAAUAAUAAUAAUAACUCCAAUAUUGGCUCAUUAAAUGGAACAUUUUCAAAUUCAAAACUUGAUAAUUAUAAUGCUUUUAAAAAACAACCAAUAAAUAUUGCACCAUCACCAAUAGUUUCUUCAUUACCAAAUAAUUUAUCAAAUUCAAUUUCAAAUAAUUUAAAUAAUCAAAGAUUACAAAAAAAUGUUUUAAUAUUACCAAAACCUUCAAAUAAUUCCAAUAUUUCAAAUUUAUCAAAUUCGUUAAAUAGUAAAAGUAUCCCAAUACCAUCAAAUAAUGAUCACUACAACAAUCAACAAAUAACAUCUUUUUCACCAUGUAAUUCUUUAAAUUCAAAUUCUUCUUAUUCAUAUAUUAUAAAUAAUAAUCAACCAUUUAAAAGAAAAAAAUCAGAAGUUAAUAUAUCAAAUUCAAUUGAACAAAAUAAUUCAUUAAUUAAUAGAAAUAAAUUAUUAUCAUCAUCUACUACAAAUUUAUAUCAACAAUCAUCAUCUUCUCAACAACAUCAACAUCAACAUCAACAACAAUUUUCAAAUUCACUUAAAAGAAAUAAUUCAAUAAUUUCAUCAAAUUCAUUAAGUAGACGUACUUCAUUAAUAAAUAUUCCAAGAAAAAGUAUAACUUCAAUUUCAACACCAACAAAUUCUUUAACUUCAAAUAAUAUAAAUUUAUUAAAUCAAAGAUAUCCACAAUCAUCAUAUUUCGAUAUCCCUCAACAACAACAACAACUGCAAUCUCAUCCAUCUCAUCAACAAUCACAUCAACAACCAGCACCAUCUCAACAACCUCAACACACAAUUUCUCGUCAAAAUAGUUCAAGUACAAUAAUGAAUAAUCAAAAUUUUAAUAAUAAUAUUAAUUAUCAUCAACAAAAUAUAAUAAUUGAUAAUAUAGAUACUCCAAAUUCAUUAAAUUCACCAAAUUUUUAUAAUAAUUCAAAUAAUAAUAAUAAUAUUACAUCAUUAUAUGAAGAAACUCCAUCAUCAAUUCCUGAAACUCCAAUUAAUGUUAUUGAUUUAUUACCUUCUUCAUAUUCUUCACAACAACAACAACAACAACAACCACAUCCUCAUUCAUUCCAACAACAACUUCAAAAUCAAAGAAUUCAAAAUCAACAAUCAAUAAAACAAAAAGUUUUACAAGAUUAUAGAGCAAGUAAACCUCCAAUUACUCAACAUCAAGGAAUAGAUGAUGAAUUAAUAAUGUUUGAUCCAACUACAACAACAACUACUACAACAACAAGUACAACUACUAAUACUACUACUUCAACCACAGCUGAUAAUAAUAAAGAUGAAUUUUUUGUAACUAGUGUAUUAAAAGAUUAUGAUGAUGAAGAUGAAAGUAGUGAAGAAUUUGAAAUUUUAAAAAAUUUAAAUAAUAAUAAUAAUAAUAAUUUAAGUGGUAAUAAUUUAGCUAUGAAAAAUCAAAUUGAAAAUGAAUUUUCAAUUAAUAUUAAUGGAUUACCUCAAUUUACUGAUUUUUUACCAACUACUUUAAAUUUAACAAAAAAUGAAAAUAAAGAUAAAAAAACUGGAGAAAUUAAAGAUUUAGAUUGGUUAAAAUUUGAUAUGUAA